AUGGCCGCGGCGGGCGGAGCCGCUCGCGCCGCGGCCAUCUUGGGAACGGCGACCGGCCAGCGCCGGGCUACGGCGGGCGGCGAGGGACAAGCCUCCGAGGGCGGCGGCGGCGGCGGCGGCGGCGGCGGGCGCGGCAGCGGACGGGCGGGGAGCCGGCGAGGGGAGGGGCGCGGGGAACGGCGCCGGGGGCCGGCGGCGUGGGCGACCGAGGCGGCGGCCCGGGAGGCACGUCGGGGCCACUUGGCCCGGGGGCCGGGGGCCCGCGACGGCCGCCUGAUUUCGCUAGCGGGGAGUGUGCGCUGGGCCGUGCCCGCCCUUGCUCCCGGGGCGGCCGGUGGGGGCUGGCGCGGGGGACCCCGGGAGGGGCCGCGCGGCCCGGAUUAG